AUGUACUUUCAUAAUUUCGAAAGUUUGGCUGUUGUUCGUAGCGUGUGUCGACUCUCUGUGAUGGAAGAUAAGAACACGACUGAGUCAGGAAAAGGUCGGGUACGUUCUUUGAAGGAACUUUGUGCCGAAAGCAUUGCUAAGAACUUGACUGCCGUGGCAACGCAUUGCUCUGAUUGUGCCGUGGCGAAAUUGCGUUGGCGUUUUCCACAUUCCGGCUAUCGUAUCGCCUCGCCAGGGGCAGACAUGAUUAUGAAGAAGCUUGCGGACCUCAGAAUAUUGACCUCUGAACGUUUGGCUUUGUUUUCAAAGGACCAAGUUAAUCUGCAUUGCAUAACGCUCCGGGAUUCUCUAGAGUGGGCUUCAGUUUCGUCAAUUUUACGUGAUUUUACUCUCUUCGAUGUAACUGCUCGGAAUUCGACAUGUGUGCGUAUGGAAGAUAUUGCAUGGCAUUUCAAUGAAAGCACAAUUGAGAACCUCCAUACCCUUAAACUAGUGAAUAUGGGAAUCGGGGAGUCUAAGUAUCCCAUGAUUGCAGCAUUGGCACAGCUACAGAACUUACGCCAUUUGGAUAUCAGUCAGUCAAGUUUCGAUAAUGACUGUCUCUAUAACCUGACAAGGGCGCUAACUCGACUGCAAUAUCUCGAUAUCUCAGAGACUGCAGUCACGGAUAUAACCUUCUUGGUGGAGUUGAGAGAAAACCUCACUAGCCUUAAAAUGCAUGGACUUAAGAUAAAUGAAAGGAGCUUGUGUGAGGCAGCACUUUCGACAAUUUUGGAGCUGAAAGAACUCCGAGUGCUUGAUAUUUCCCGCACACUGCAGCGGCCUUACCAUCGGUUUCCUGCAGUUGGCCAGUUGAUUGAGCCUGGCCGUUUCCCUCACUUGGAAUAUUUCGACAUGAGUGGCAAUCUUUUUGGCUUAACCGUCAAAGAUGUCGAGACAUUUAUUACGAAUAACAUGAAUUUGAAAUUCCUUGGGGUUGCCCAUGGCAUUGAUCAAUUGGGAAUUGGAAGGCUUCCCACCAAAUAUCCAAACAUUGAGCUUGUAGUCAAAGUUUUGAAGGAAGUAUUGGAAAAUACUGGAAACGUCUACAUGAAAGCUGUAAGGCUUAUCCGUGAGAGACUUGUAAGGGGGGCGUUGAGUGAAAUUACAACUGAAGUUCUAACGGAAAUAGUAAAUUAUGCCCUAUUUAUAAUGGAGUUCCAUUGGGGUGGCAGACAUGAUGAUGACGACGACAGUAACCGUGAGAAUGUGAUGAUUGAUGGUAAUGACGAUAAUGAUGCUGAUGGUGAUAAUUUGGAUAAGAAUUCUAGUGGUUAUGACGCGGAUAAUGACGGUGAAGGUGAUGAAGAAGAGACCAAUACUGAACCUUCUAUUGAACAUGAUGAGUUUGAUGAUUCUGGUGAUUUGAACCACAAAGCAGCUUCUACUGUUCUUUACAAUAACAUUGAAGAUGAUAGAAGGCCUUAUGACUACCUUCUUUUCUAUCUUCAUGGUGGUUUAUCAGAUGUCACUUCUUCCAAUCAUGGCGACUACUAUAAUCCUGACAAGACAGCAGACGGUGACGUUGAAGAUAAUAGCCUUUUACUGAGUGAUGAUAGUGAUUCGACCUAUGUCCCUUCUUCUCCUUCCAUUUAUGAUGACUAUUAUGAGGAUGAUGAUGACGACGAUUUUAGUGGAUCAUAUGACUAUGAAAGUGAAGAAUAUUCUUCAGACGAAUCUGACGCUGAGGAUGAAGAUGAGGCUGAUGACCGGUAUCUUACUUAUGGACAUAGCAAAGAAGGCAUUUUUAUUAAAUUUUUGAAAACAAUCUUUCGUGUUGGCAGAGUUAAAUAUGAAUACAUAAGAAUCAGCCUUGCCGUUUGUAAAGUCCUCAAAUACUCCGACGAAUCGGAAACGAGAGAUCACGCAUUAAGACUUCUGUUGGAUAUCUGUGGAAGGAUGCCCAAAAGCAUAUUGACUGAACUCGCCAUACAUUCCACCUUGAUGGAGACAUUAAUCAAAUGUGCUGUUGAAAUGCACUUCUCGGAGGAAUUUGUUGUUGAGUGGAUAACAGGUCGAAAUGACAAGAAAUUGUCUUAUCUCGGCCAUCCAUUUCGUCAAAUGGAUGGAAAUGGCUACCUCAUUUUUUCAAUUCUCAAAAAAAUGCUUUGGUCUGGACAUGAAGUACAAAAACGCUUUGUUCAAUGUGGAGGUUUCGAAGUAUGCCAGGAAAUUCAAAAGGCAAUUUACUCAGACGAUGAAUUGGAUGAACUUUAUUUCGUUACAUUCAAAGUGAGAGAAAUUUUGAUCCGUGAAAGCAUUGACUACACAGAUUCAGAUUAG